UCGCAGAAUGUAAUGCUUUGAGAAAUGUGCGGCAUCGCAAUCUAGUUCAUAUCUUAACUGCAUGCUCAAGCAUUGAUCCUAAUGGAAAUGAUUUCAAAGCCUUAGUGUAUGAGUUCAUGCCACAAGGAGAUCUGCAUAGCCUACUACUCUAGACAGCGAAGGUUCUUCAUAUUUUAUUCCACUAGUUCAAAGGUUAAGCAUCAUGGUGGAUGUAUCAGAAGCUUUGGCGUAUCUACACCAUCACCACCAAGGAACCAUUGUACAUUGUGAUCUGAAACCUAGCAACGUUCUUCUAGAUGGUGAUAUGGUAGCACAUGUUGGAGACUUUGGGCUAGCAAGGUUCAAAUUUGAUACAACACCACCAUCUCUUGUUGACUCAACUUCCACUUCUUCACUCACAAUCAAGGGAACCAUUGGAUACAUUGCUCCAGAAUAUGUUGUGGGUGGUCAGGUUUCCACUGCGGCGGAUGUAUAUAGCUUCGGAGUUGUUCUCCUUAAGAUAUUCAUCCGAAGGAGCCCGGCAGAUGACAUGUUCAAGGAUGGGAUGACCAUUGCAAAGUUAACAGAGAUCAACAUCCCCGAUAAUGUGUUCCAGAUUAUUGACCCACAACUGAUUUAGGAGCUAGAGCACAGAGAGGACAUUACAAUGACCAUCAGGGACAGUGGGGCACAAACUCUUCAGUCAGUGCUGAGCAUUGGGCUCUGCUGCACCAAGACGUCACCCAACGAGCGCAUCAGCAUGCAGGAGGUGGCUGCCAAGCUGCACAGGAUCAGGGAUGCAUAUCUUAGAGGAAACUUAAGAACCGGCUCUCAGUAAUUUAUGUUCUAAAAUCAAUAACUUGCAGAAUGUUUUAUUUCACGUGUCAUGUGUGAUGUUUUU